UAAACUUUUAGAGACUUACUGCCGUAGUGAUCAGUGCUGUAUAUGUUAUCUGUGUAUGGUGGAUGAACACAACAACCAUAAGACUGUAUCAACUGCUGCAGAAAGAACCGAGAAACAGAAACAACUGAAGGAAAUACAGAGAGAAUACCAGCAGAGGAUUCAGGAGAGACAGAAGGAGUUUCAGGAGAUGAGAGAGGCUGUAGAGAUUCAUAAGCGCUCUGCUCAGGCAGCAGUGGAGGACAGUGAGAGGAUCUUUACUGAACUGAUCCGCUCCAUUGAGAGAAGUCGCUCUGAGAUGAUAAAGCUGAUCAGAGAUCAGGAAAAGACUUCAGUGAGUCAAACUGAAGAACUCUUGAAGCGUCUGGAGCAGGAGAUUGAUGAUCUGAGGAGGAGAGACACUGAGCUGGAGCAGCUUUCACACACAGAUGAUCACAUCCAAUUCCUCCAGAGUUUCCAGUCUCUCUGUGUUCCUCCUGGAUCUCCAGACUCACUCAACAUCACUGUCAGUUCUCUCCUCUCACUUGACGAUGUUCAAAAAAUUAGAGAGAAACUGGAGUGUCUGUGCAGAGAACAGAUAGAAAGGACAUUUGAUAGAGUUUGUCCUGAACUCACAACCAGGGAGACAUUCAAAAAAUAUUAUCAUCAGGUCACUCUGGAUCCAAAAACAGCACAUACACGUCUCCGUCUGUCUGAGAAGGGCAGAGUGAUUACUAACACAGAAGAAGACCAGUGCUAUUCUGAUCAUCCAGACAGAUUUAAUGUUCAUCCUCAUGUGUUGUGUCGAGAGGGUGUGUGUGGACACUGUUACUGGGAGGUUGAGUGGAGUGGUGACAGGGGUGCGUAUAUCAGUGUGAUAUAAGAGCAUCAGCAGGAAAGGAGAGAGUGAUAAGUGUUUGUUUGGAUGUAAUGAUCAGUCCUUGUGUUUGAACGGCUGUGAACACCUGUUCAUUCUGCCACAAUAACAGGCACAAUAAUAUUGUGACUAAACUCACUGUAGUGUCCAGAUCUUCUAGAAUAGGAGUGUAUGUGGAUCACAGUGCAGGAACUCUGUCCUUCUACAGCGUCUCUGACACAAUGACCC